CGGGGCAUGGGUAGUUUUGGAUUAUGGAAUGGAUUGGCCAAAGUUUAAAAGGGCUCUUUUGUUCGCGUCGAUUCUGUUGCUUGUUUGUUCAGUUGGCUUUGGAAAGACGAAAAAACCCAACAUCGUAUUUAUAAUAGCAGAUGAUCUGGGUUGGGAUGACGUCAGCUUUCAUGGCUCACCCCAGAUCCCCACGCCAAACAUCGACCGUUUGGCAAAUAACGGUGUAAUACUAAACAACUACUACGUAUCACCAAUAUGUACACCAACAAGAGCAUCGAUCAUAACGGGGAAAUACCCAAUACGCCUAGGUAUGCAGCAUUUUGUAAUAUACGCAGCACAGCCAUAUGGAUUACCGCUGGACGAGAUUACUUUACCGCAGUAUCUUAAAACACAGGGUUACCGCACAGCUGGGGUUGGCAAGUGGCAUCUAGGGUUUUUUGCUAAAGAGUAUACCCCAGUUAACCGUGGUUUUGACUCGUUCUACGGUUUCUGGGGCUCGAAAACUGACUACUGGAAUCACUCGUCCUACGAGAAUGAUUUCUGGGGAAUCGAUUUGAGAGACAAUAUGGAACCAAUCAGCGCAAAGAAUUUAAGUGGUAUAUAUGGAACCGAGCUCUUCACAUACGAAGCUGUUGACAUAAUCAAGGAUCACGAUACAGAAGUACCGCUGUUCCUUUACUUGUCUCAUCAAGCUGUGCACUCUGCAAAUCAAAACGAACCUCUACAAGCACCUCAGGACAAGAUCGAUAAAUUUAAAGACACUAUUGAUAAUGAAGAUCGGCGUAAAUACGCUGCCAUGGUAACCGCUCUCGACCAAUCAGUGGGCAAUAUCUAUGAAGCACUAAAGACGAAGAAAAUAGAGGAUAAUACUGUGAUCGUAUUUACUACAGAUAACGGUGGAGCACCUAACGGAUUUAACUGGAACAUGGGGUCGAACUAUCCGCUACGCGGGGGAAAAGACAUGGUAUGGGAAGGAGGAAUAAAAGCUACAGCCUUCGUCUAUAGCGACCUCAUCUCCAAGAAGGGUCGCGUGUGUCACGACUUGAUUGACGUCAGUGAUUGGGUCCCUACGCUGUAUUACGUCGCAGGGGGUGACCCUGAAUUACUGCAACCAAAUAUGGAUGGAAAGAAUGUGUGGGAGACGAUAUCAAGAGGUGAGAAAUCACCAAGGGAUGAGAUACUGCACGCUAUUGAUCCGUGGCGUAAUUUCGCAGCAAUUCGUCGAGGCAGAUACAAGUUAGUUGUUGGCAUGGAUGACACUUAUCAAGAUGAACCAUGGCAUCCGAGAUAUAAAGAUUUGUUAGCCACGGAACAGCCUCAGGUCAUACCUGGGGCUGUACUAGACUGUGGAGAAAGAUCCAAGCAAGAUAAGAAGUGUGACAGUAGGAAUGGUUCAACAUGUCUCUUCGAUAUGGUAGAAGAUCCAUGCGAGUACAACGACCUAUCCAAUCAAAUGCCUCAGAUGGUCCAACAGCUUCUAAAACGCCUAGUGGAGUUUCAAAAAGGUUCUCGUCCAGUUUGGUACCCACCCAUCGACACUGACGCCGACCCGGGCAAACGUGGUGGAUACUGGGGCCCAUGGAAAGAACUUACAGACAACAGCAGCCUCAUAAAUGGAUGGAAUGCUAUCAGCACUUUACUUGUCACGGAGAUUUUAGGAGGAAAACAUGGCGAUCAUACUGAACAAAGGUGUCAACAUGAUACGAGACAUAUUGAUGAAAUCCUUCUGCAAGUACCUCCAGAUCUUCUAGAAACGACGAAACUUAAAGACCUGAUCAAUAGAGUUAAUAGCUAUAAAGAUUUUUGUAAAUCAGAUGCUAAAAUGACAUGGACUGCUAACAAACCUGUUGAAGUGUUUGCUACUGAGCAACCAAGAAACUGGACUGACAGGUUUUAUUAUCGGUUGAGGUCAAAAAGGUAAUCUGUUUUAACAUUAAACAAAACGCCUUACAGUUCUCACAAUGUUAAGGCGUAAUUUUCAAGAGCGCAUCCGCAUGCAUCUAGAGUCUCUCAGGGAAGCGUUCGUAAACCACAGGAAACCCAUAAUAGAGAGCAAAGUUACUUUUCUACUGAAGGAGCAAUCCAAGUAUAGCCGGGUUCCCUGUGGUGGCCCUUUUAAAUUUGUGACACCUUAAGAAUCACAUUAAAUAAAAAACAUAUUAAGCCUUUUGAAAUUUUCAAAAACAGCAUAAAGCUGGAUGUCUUAUAUUUUGUCCGUACUUCCAAUGCGUACAUUCCAUCUUGCCUCUGUCAACCUUUAGUCCUAAAAUUUGUGUA